GUUAGCUUCCCAACUUCUCUGGUGCCUCUUUCUAGUAGUGAGGUAACUGUAGCGGCUCCGCUUAGCAUCUUAAGUGAGCUUAAGUGAGCUUAGAUCAUGACGGACACCCUUCGGCUGCCAUCCCUCCAGGUGCAUGUCCCUCGGGAUGAGCCCAGCCACGGAGAUGAGGAGGGUGGCAGUGGAGGUCAUGACAGCCAUGUCUGGUCAUGCUCUUCCACCCCUACCCUGCGACGCCGGCGGUUUAAGAUGAGACGGAUGAAAAAGUUGCCCAGCGAGCGGGAGCGUAUAGAAAAUGGGUUACUACGGCACCCUGGAUCAUGCUCAGCUUCCAAAGAAUACCUUCAGCUUCCCUCCAUUGAGAUCACGCCGUCCAGUGAUGAGGAUGCGGCAUGGUCUAACAGCUCCACCCCAAGCGCCUCACCCCGCCGAAAACGCUUCCUGCUUCGCAAGUGGUUAAAGGUCCGAGAGAAGAAGGAGCAAGGCAGUGAAAGCAGCAGUCAGCAGAGUAGUCAGCAGAGCAGCCAGCAAAGUAGCCAUGAUGAUGACUCCAGUCGCUUCCUGACUCCCUUCAUCCGCGAAGAGAGGGCUGACAGUGGGCCAGACAAGUGUAGCACUGCCAGUAACUCUAACCGGAGUUCCCCUGCUUGCUCUCCAGUUCUGCGGAAGCGUUGUCGAUCUCCCGUUCUGCAGAACAUAGAGACGGACAUCAUGGUGGAGAAAGGCUCAGAGCACUCGGACACCUCCAAGUCUCCAUCCACCCCUGAGCAGCUGGUCACACGCACCUUCUCCGGGCAGUCAACACGAAGCGGGGCCAAGAACUCCAAGUCUCACAAGCGACUUUCCAAAAAAAGCCAGAGCUGGUACAACCAUGAGAGACAGCACAUCCUCCGAGUCCUCAGUCCCACAUACAAACAACGCAAUGAGGACUUCAGGAAGCUCUUCAAGCAGUUACCAGACACAGAACGUCUCAUCGUGGACUACUCAUGUGCCCUGCAGCGGGACAUUCUACUGCAGGGGCGCCUCUACCUCUCUGAAAACUGGAUUUGUUUUUACAGCAACAUCUUUCGAUGGGAGACGCUGCUUACAGUACGGCUGAAAGAUAUCUGCUCCAUGACAAAAGAAAAGACAGCACGUCUCAUUCCCAAUGCCAUCCAGUUGAGCACAGACACUGAGAAGCACUUUUUCACAUCGUUUGGUGCGAGGGACAGGACUUACAUGAUGAUGUUCAGACUUUGGCAGAAUGCACUGUUGGACAAGCCCCUCUGCCCUAAAGAGCUCUGGCACUUUGUACAUCAGUGUUAUGGAAAUGAGCUGGGCCUGACCAGUGAUGACGAGGACUAUGUGCCCCCUGAUGAUGAUUUCAACACCAUGGGGUACUGUGAGGAGAUCCCAGCAGAAGAGAAUGAGGUCAGUAAUGAUAACUCAUCUAAGAGCAGCGGUGAGAACAAACCAGACAACAGUUCUCCUCCAGCACACAAGAGAUCCAUCACCCACUCCACCAUCACCUCCACCACUCCUCCCAGCAGCACUGAUACACCACUGUCUUUUGACAUUUCUGCCGAGGAAUACGCAGACUGCCUUCCUGAUGGCGAUCUGCUGCCACUCCCUCUGUUGGCUGAGGAGAGGAACUACGAACCGGACAGCCCUCUGGACCCUGUGCCCUCACCUGCCCUCGACUUCAACGACAAUGAGGAUAUACCCACUGACAUCAGUGAUUCCUCAGAAACACACGAUGAAGAUGAAGUGCAAGCAUUCCACGAGGAUCUGAAUGGCCGUCAGUACAUUAAUGAGGUGUAUAAAUUCAGUGUUGAUAAGCUGUAUGCCAUUCUCUUCACCGAGUCCCAGUUCAUGACAGACUUUAUGGAGCAGAGGAGAUUCACAGAUGUGGUGUAUCACCCCUGGAAGAAGGAGAAUGCUGGAAACCAAACGAGGGAGAUCAUGUACACUAUCUCCCUGACCAACCCACUGGCACCCAAAACAGCUACUGUUACUGAGACUCAGACCCUAUAUAAGGCCAGCCAGGAGAGUGAGUGCUACAUCAUUGAUGCAGAGGUCAUUACUCAUGAUGUACCAUAUCAUGACUACUUCUACACCCUAAACCGCUACAUGCUAACACGCGUGGCUAAGAACAAGUGCCGGCUGAGGGUUUCUACAGAGCUCAGGUUCAGGAAACAGCCAUGGGGGUUGGUAAAGGGCUUCAUCGAGAAGAACUUCUGGAGUGGACUAGAUGAGAACUUUAAAAGCCUCGAGCUGGAGUUGGCAAAGAUGGAGGAUGCUAUAAUAGAAACCCAUAGGCCAUCUCCUAAAACUAAAGCAGUAAAGAACUCCACCCUGAGGCGGAGAAAAAGACCCCUCACGCAUCUCCGCACGGCCCAUCUUGAUGAAACCCUCAGCCCUGUUACUACACCAACAGACGAGGAGGUCAUCCAACGCAUCAAACGCGUGGCAGGUUCCACUCAGACAAGACACAUUCCCGAGCACAUCUCAGGGGCUGGGGUUUUCUGCAACCUCUCCAAACCAUUACUCAUCAUCAGCUUUGUGAUCUGUAUAAGUCUGGUGCUGCUGAUCUUUCUGAAUAUGAUGCUGUUCUAUAAACUCUGGAUGCUGGAGUACUCUACUCAGAGCCUCACCAGCUGGCAGGGUUUACGCCUACAUGAAAGUAAACUACCGCAGACACAGAUGGAAUGGAUGGAGCUCCUAGAGUCCCAGCAGCGAUACCAUGAUGCAGAGCUGCAGAAAUGGAGAAACAUUAUCAAAUCAUCAGUACUGUUAUUGGAUCAGAUGAAGGACUCCUUGCUGAGCCUACAGAAGAGCGUGGGUUUGCGAGAUUAUAACUCUGACUCAGAAGAAAAGAGGAGUCGAUAUUACUGACAAUUACCCUCCAGGCCACCAGGGAGCGCUGUGCAAUGUAGACCCAUGUUGUGAGUUAGUGUCUACAGAUGUGUAUACUACACCAGGAAAGGCAAAAAAACAAAGAGCCCAUCUGUGUGUGUAUGACUAUGCAUACCAAACAAAUGAUACCAGAGAUACCAGAAGAAGAGAUGGACUAUCUGGCCAUGCUAGUGACAGUCAAUACUUUGGCCCCACCCUAGAUCGCGAAAGGAAACGGGCCAUAUCUGUCACGGGAAUGUUGCAGUCCAAGUUCGCAAACAUGGGCCAUCACUGUUCCAGCAUUUCCUUUUAGAUUCUCUUUUAAAGGAUGUGUUACUAAAUGCUUUGGCUAGAGGAAUGGAAAAUGCAAUGUACUGAGGAGGAAUGCAAUGAAAAUCAAGAGCAUGUUGUUUUAUAUUCUAAUCCUCUCAGCCCUCCAUUCUUUUGAAGUGGUUUUAAUUUUAUUGGUUUAUUGGUGCACAGAUGAGGAAAUAUUAGGCAUUUUAGGCAGUAGGGCGUGGUUUCCCUGGUUUGACCUGUAAAGGUAAAGCUGCCAUGUCCCUUUUCAUAUUUGCGAGACCUUUUCCAAGACAUUAAGAAAUCUAGUUCACCAAUGCUGUAGUAUCAGGGCUGGUUUCCUUGAUAAUUCUGCGCUAGAAGGUUUCGUGUUGCAAUUGACUGCAUUAUUCAAUGCAUCCAAGUGCACUGCCAAUAUGGCAGUUUCUGCAAAAGGGCCACUGACCUAAUCACAAACCUUACAUUUCUGUGAAGUGUGCAUUAUUUAGUUGUGAUGUGUUAUGCUGGAAUUACAUCAUGACAGGCCAGUGAAUAACUGCGAAAAGGGACAGCACAGCCAGGAAGAUGGAUGAAUUUUAUGUUUGUGUUUGAUUGCUAAACUGUAAUAUUUCCAGAUUUAUUUGAAGAUGUAAACAAAAAUUAUAUGAAGAUGUUUGAAAAAUAUACUUUAUUCAAAAUGUAAUAUAUAUUUCAAAAUCUAAAUAUAGAGAUCAUUGCAGAUAUUUAUUGUUAAUUUAUGUACAUAGACACUUAUCAAAGCACUAGACAGGCUAAAGAGUUUAUAAUUAUUAAAACUGUGAUUUCUUCAACAACAAGCACAAACACGUUUGAGACGUGUGUGUGUGUGUGUGUGUGUGUGUGUGUGUGUGUGUGUGUGUGUGUUGUAAGCAUAUACACUCAUGUAGUGUACUGGAUCUGUGUCCAUUUUGGUGAAUGUACUGUAUGUACAAGUGUGUUCAUGUGAUGUUUUAAAUCAUUCCUCUUUGAAUGUCUUUGUGUCUUCCUCCCGGCACAUGAAGCCAAACUGCCUUUUUCUUGCCCAGCAGCUCAGUUCAGUGGGCGUCUGUUUACACAUCUGCCUGGCUUCAGAGAGCUGAGUGGUCUAAAAAUUACUAUGUUUUGGCUCAGCCCAAACCCAUGCACACACACACUUUUCCUGCUGUGGCACGAUUCCUGUUUUUUUUUUUUUUUUUUUUUGGAAUGAGUGUCUUGACAAGAAAGCACUAAAUGGUACCAGCUGACUGAAGUUCACACAAUUUUGACCAGGGGUUUUCAAACUGAAUAGCACAAGAGAGUGCAAAAUGGUGCUAGGGGGUCUGAAGAAAAUUUGAGAGAAUAAAAAUAUACAAUGUACUUAUUUUUUUAACAGGAAAUCCACAGUUACAAUAGGUUUGACAGGAUAUGUCACACUUGAGGGCUUCUGGUUUUUAAGAGGUCAUUGUGUGACGUUUCGAUCUUCUGUUGGUCAUCCUAAUUCACAGGUCAGAUUUCCUCAAAACUUUUGUCCGUAGUGGAAUGCGAAAUUUCUUCGCAUGGGCUUGCAUUCGCGGUCUCCUGCAUUCAGAUGCUUUUGAAUGAAAGUCAGUGGAGUGAAGUGUAGUGUGACUGCGGCUUAAAAUAGUAAGAAACAAAUGUGCGUGUAGUUUUGUGAAAAAUAUUUUUAUUUUUUAAGUGUUAUAAUGUGUUUAGUCCUAUAAUCUGUCCUUUGAAUAGUUGCUGACAUUUUUAUUAUAAAAAAAAAAAUGCUACACAAACACAUUUAAAUUAAAGUAAAAAUGUUUCUCUUUAGGUUUAUGUGUCUAGCAUCCAGAUAAUAUUUUAAUUUUUGAAUUAGCUUUAUUACAGUGACAAAUAACAGCCCAUGAUUUUGUUUAAGAAACAACAUUUCAUGUUUACCAUCUUUCUCAUACAGUCUUUAUACAUGAUAAAAAUAUAGUUAACUUUAUAUUUUUGGAAGGAGGUUAUUGCAAGGAAAUCAGCAUCAAAAAGUUUGAAAACCCCUGAUCUAUAUUCACCAUCAUCUUUAAUUUAGCUAAAAGACCAUUUCUCUCAACUGUUGAAUCGGUCAAAUGAAAGGAAAAUUAUGAUUGGAAGGUUUUUCUGUAAAGCAUACAGUAAGUGCUAUUGCUUCAACCAAAUAUAGUAUAUAGAUGGUAGAAUUUAUUUAUAUAUGUAAUGCAAUUGUUCCCUUUUAUGCAGACUGAGGUCAAUGUAAAAAAUCCCCAUGUGAGAUGACAUGGAGAGAUGUGGCACUUUACGUCUAGAUACUGUUGGACAGAAAGCCUGAUGUUACUAUAUGUCAGCUGGCACAUACAGUAUGAUAACACUCCAGUUACAAACCAGAUGGUGUUAUAUUAAUGAAUGGAUGUAAGAAAGGCAUCUUCAUUAAUUUAAUUAAAAUCCAGAACCUUAUUUCAGGAAUCUGCAAUCUGAGUGAAUCUUUCAAAUUGAUCUUUAGUGUUGCUCCAUGCAGUGUUUGAAGCAGACAUUUCAUUCCAGAAGUGAGAUUUGUUAGAUUUAAGGUACUGAGAUAUUUCCAGUUUUGACAUUUUCUCCCACUGCUUUUUGCACUCUAUUAUUGUAAUGCAGUUGAAAAAAACAUAAGAUCUAGGCAUUAGGUGCACUAAGAGGUAUUUAUCUUUAUUUUAUUUUUAGCAUCAGAGUGCAUCCGUAUAUAUUGUUGGGUGUGUAUUCUGCAGUAUGGUUUUGAUCACUUUUCACUUUGUUGUAUAUAAAUAAGAGAUGGAUUUGUUGCAUUGGUAUUUUGUAACUGUUUUGGACACUACUGAUCAAGCAAAACACUGUCACAAUCUUGUUCAUUGUACUGUAUGUGUGUGCAUGUCCGAAUGCCUCGUGUGUGAAAUUAUGUUGUUGUUUUUUUUUAUUAAUUAUAUAAAAUAUAAAACCACAGCUGGCAGGGGUGGGGAUAUAUAUAUAUAUAUAUAUAUAUAUAUAUAUAUAUAUAUAUAUAUAUAUAAACUUUUUAGCAGAAGAGACCACCUAUCCUCUUCUGCAAAAGAGAGAGAGAGAGAGAGAGAGAGAGAGAGAGAGAGAGAGAAAGACCAUUACAAGAAGAUAACUUCCUUACACAGCUGUAUUUACUUUCAGCCUCAUUAUUUUGCUCAUAUGCAGCAACUUCUCUUGAUGUAUUUGACCAAAGAUUUGACCUGUGCUGUCACAAUUAGGGAUGUGAAUACUCUAUUUGGCAAUCAAACUUGUGUUGACCAUUUGUGAUAUAACUAUUCAGGCUCAAUGAAAAUUAAGGAUUACUCUAAAUUAUAUUUCAUAUCAUACUCAGAGCAUUAGACCAUCAGAUUUUGGUAUGCAUGGAAAUACAAACCAACUUAAUUUCCACUGUAACGCUCUGAUUGACGUAGCAACUGUAUCCAAGUACAGGUGUUUAUGCCACAAACUACCACAAAUCAACUGAUUAUUUUCUUUAUAUUUUAAAAGUGUACUGAUUUAUUUAUGUAGAUGCCCCCCUAUUUGCAUCCCAUAACUUAUCUGGUAUAGUCAUUACUUUUGUUUUGUUUUUAGAGCUGUUUUUAUCUCUAUACCAGGCUGACUUGUACAUAAUUCCAUAUGCACUGUAUGUAUUUGGCAAUAUCUGCAGUGUUCACUGACAUGGAAGCAGAACUGUGCUGUGCACAGUUUUCCACUCUACCAACAACUUUGUCAAGACUGAUUCAGUGGCUUUCUGAUCUAUGUAAAGUAGACAGAUUACAAAUAAUUAAAAAAAAAAUAAUUAAAAAAAAAUACUGGGAAAACA